GAUUUGAUAGUUUUAAUCAUAAUGAGAAAAUUUUAAAUAUCAGUGAAAUAUAUACAAAAUUAACAAGAAUGAAAUGGCUCUUGAUUGUUUUACAAAUAAUAAUGUUAGGUUUCUCUUUGCUUCCUUAUUGUUCUUUACGGUAUUAUCGAUCAAACAAUGAACAAAAUUCCGAUUAUUUAACAGUUGCUUUGCCAAAAAUUCAUAAACAGAUUGAUAAGAAUUCUGAAUACGUAACCCAAAUACAACAGAGAACAACAUUCAACAAUGAUGGAGAUGAUGAUAUUCCUGAAAAGUAUUCAGUAGUCAACGGUGAUUAUGAAGACGCAUUCCAGAAUGUCGAUUACACUGAUAAUGAUCAUAAAGAUGGUAAUGAAAAUAAUUAUAAUCAACCCAAUAUUAGAGGCAAAGAUCAAAAUUAUAUGGAAUCUGGUCAUAUAGAUGAAGAUAUAAUGCAAUAUGAAAAUGUAAUUCGAAAACAAAGUGAAACUACUCAACAAUUUAAACAUAUACCUAAAAAUACUAUUAUGAAGUAUACCAAAAUUGACAGACCGCACAGUUUCAACAACAAGGAUGACGUUUUGGCCACGACAGAUUAUAGUAAUGCGGAUUUAAGUGAAUUAUUUGAUAAAUAUGCUCAAGAUACUGAUCAAAAAUCAAAUGCACAAUUUGAUUUAAAAAAUUAUGAUGUAGAUAUUGACAAAUUGUUUGAAGAGAAAAUAAAAAAUUCUAAAAAACAGAAUAAAUACUCUAAUGGUGAAGUACCAAAUCAACAUUGGAAAAGAAGUCAUCAAAACAAUGUUAAUGGUAAUCGGAGAAUGGAUUCUUUGUACAAAAGAAGACAGUGGCAAACUUUACAGAAGAGACUGAAACCGAAUUAUAAUGUGAAUUAUGAAUGAAAUAACAAUAAUAUUAAAAUGACUGAGAAUUUUAUUCAAAGAUUAUAUUGAAAUCAAAAGAAUUUGUACCAACUAGGAAAUUUAUUUGAAAAUAGUUAUGAAAAGUAAUCACAGUUUUUGGAGUGUCUAUCUUCUCUUUACCUAAUAGAAAAAUCGGCUUGAUGUCAAACGCGUUGUUCGAAUACUCACAAUGCUGUUCAAGAUAAUUAAUAUGUUCAUCUUCCAGUAAUUGUUAUUUCAUCAACAAACAAUCUACUUCAGUUUAUUUAACAAAAUUUUGAACUUUAUAACUGUUGGGGACGUUAGAUCCCCAGAACCCGCUUGACGAAUGGCUUAUUUUGGAUUUCACGUUUGCGAGCAUGGGCUGAUCAGUUGACCUUAAGAUUUCAUUUCCCACCAGGAAAAUCCUUGGCUGUGAUUGGCUGCUGUGUAUUUUAG